AUGUUGGAUACAAUAAUAAUUGGAUUAAUAAUUUUAUCAGCAUUAGUCUACGGAUUUUGGCAGUAUUUUGCCGAGCCUGAUGAUGCUCAUAGAAAAAAGAAAAAUGAGGCAAACAAAAGAAAUGACGAUUACGUACCGAAGGAUAAUAAAUCAUCAACAGCAAAAAAGUUAUCAGAAACGACAAAUAUCAACAAUAAGACAAACAUCAACAAGAACUCAAAACGCUCAAAUUUGAAGAAGCGAACGGAUAAGACAAAUUAUUCUCACAAUUGGCUCUUGACCACAUUGAAGGGACAUACAGGCUCCGUUAUGGACAUGAGUUUCUCAGCAAACGGAAAAUAUCUUGCGACAUGUGCUGAUGAUCCAUCAUCAAUGGUUCAAUCGAUUGAUGGCGAAUCAGAUGUGACAAAUGAAACAUCAACAAGUAGUGAAGACUCACCAAAGCAAAAGCGUACCCAAAAUAAGCGUAAGGUGAAUCAUAAUUACGUAAAACAGCGUACAACACGCAAUCAAAAUGGCAAGUCAUCUCCAACUACAUCAUCAUCAUCUUCUAAUGCCCAUAAUAAUCAUAAUCAAAUAUUGAAAAGUUAUGAGAGAUGUGAGGAACAGAGAUAUCGUGCACUCGAGCCACCAUUACGACAACAUACGAAAUUAAAUUUAACGGAAGCACAAUUGGUUCAUUAUUUACGUAACUAUCUCUUGGAUGAAAUGUUAAUGCGCCUUCUCGGCUUUCCAAUCGAGUAUGAUGUUGCACCGAGUAUGGCAAUAAUCUACAAAUAUCCACCAUACGAGUUUAUUUCACAACGUAAACAGGCUAUGGCAUCGACAACUGCCUAUUAUAGUGGCAGUCCAAUUAUCGUUAAUCAAAAUGAUGGCUUGGUUCCAACAAAGGAGAAUUUCGGAUGUGAAAUUAAUGAUAGUGAUAGUGGUCAAGGAUCGGGAUCAUCAUCACCAUCUGAUGAUUAUGAAUUGAGACAAUCACCAGCUAUUAAGCCACUGCCAAGACAGUACACAUCAAUGGUGAGCUCACAAAAGGAAUGCUCGCGAUGCGGCAAAGGAUUUUUCGUUACUAACGACGGUGACUAUGUCACAACAGAACCAUGCCUUUAUCAUUGGGGUAAACUAAAUCAAUUUUAUGAUGGACAUCAAAUGCGUCGUGUUCAUUCAUGUUGUGGUCGAGAUUAUGAUGCAAAUUACAUUAAUGGAUGUACAGCAAAUAGAGUCCACGUAUGGACAGGUGUAUCAGCUGGUCUGAAUGGUCCAUAUGAAGGCUUUGUUCGCACAAAACGUCGUCCAGGUCCAAUGCCAGAAGAUGGAAACACAGGAGUUUUUGCAGUUGACUGUGAAAUGUGUUUUACUGGAUGUGGCUUGGAACUAACAAAGGUUACAUUUGUUAGAUCUGACGGAAAUAUGUUUUAUGAAAGUUUUGUGCGUCCUGAACGAGACAUUGUUGAUUAUAAUACACGAUUCUCGGGUAUAACAGAAAAAGAUCUGAAUCUUGGCACAAAUAAUGGAAUGCGUCGUGCCUCAACAGCAUCAAAUUCAAGUUCGAGUUCGACAAGCUCCAACGGUUAUUACAGAACCGUAAAAACAUUACAAGAAGUACAAAAAGAUCUUCUCAAGUUUAUAUUUGAAGAUACAGUUCUGAUCGGACACUCGAUCGAAAAUGAUCUCAAAGCCUUAAAGCUGAUACACAAGUCAAUUAUAGAUACGGCGAUUAUUUUCCCCCAUUAUUAUGGACUACCAUAUCGACGCUCAUUAAAAUCACUUACAAAUUGCAUCCUCAAGCGUGAUAUACAGACAGCCGAGAAUGGCCAUUGUAGUUUUGAAGAUUCACGUGCAUGUUUAGAGCUGAUAUUGUGGAAGGUACGAAAAGAUUUUCGUGAAGUGCUGGAGCAACACUAG